UGCUCGGUGGCUGAUCUCGUGUGUACGGCGUACUGUAUGAUGAUAUUUUUUUUUCUGCCCUUUGUUUCCCUUUGGUUUUCCCUCAUUCUUUGCCUCGAAGUUUGCGGACAUUCCGUACUUUGUGCAGCACUUCAUUCCCCGGUAUUUCUUUUUCCGAGGCCUUCAAGAGGCUUCACUCGUUCCAUUCCUGAGUCGUAUCUCCCUGGUUUCGGUCGCUCUGGACCGCUGCAAUCCCAAAACGUGAGCCCUGAAUCUGGAUCUGUGAGGUUGAAUUCGAUCCAACGGGCCAUCCCUCCCCAACAGGGUCCUACCCGAACUUAGAGCCGUCUGUUUUCUCCCAGUGGUUUUCCCACAGCUCCACCGUCCCCGACCUGACUCGCUCCGGCCAGCUGGACGGACUCAACUCACGGCGGAGCCCAAACUGAAACGGCCAUUACAAGUGUCCCAGUCCAAGCCCCGGGUCUCACCUGAUCGCGAUUCUUUUCUUUCGCUUCUUCAGCCUCUUCCCACGCUUGGCUUGAAAUCUCUACACACCUUCACCACCCCAUCAUACCUUUGCCAUCUGUCUCAUCCCCUGAUCGGCAUCAGUAUCCGCCACUCUCGUUAUUCCCCCUCCGCUGUACAAAAUAGUCAUCUUGUUUUUCCCUUGCGACCGAUCGGCCCAAUCGGCCCAUCCUUCUCCAAAGACAACACCACCCCCUCCUCCUGGACAGAUCGCUUUUCUUUACCCACUUUUCCCCUGUUCACCUGCAUUGGACACGUCAAGUGAAAUCACUAAAGAGAGCCCCAAAGAAGACUAUUCACGGCGCUUUUUAAAUUUCUUUCUCUCUCUCCCCGACGUCAAACGGGAAACUUUAAUGGGAGUGAUUCGCGAUUGAAGGGAGGCAGGUCUACAACGCAAUCAAAUACCCCGUUCGUCCAGCUGGUCCCCUGCUGUGCUGCGUCGAUAGUUCUCGCAAUACCGCCCCGAUGCCCAUCAAGCUGCCCAAAGGCUUUGCCCGGAGGAAGUCCUCGGGCAACGUUUUAGACGAGGUGGAUGGUCAAGCCCAAUCCUCCUUCCGCGUCUUCGAGCGACCGGGAACCCAACAACGAUCAAUGACGGACGGUGCUCCUCUUACCAAGCGCACAAGUGAGGGUCAGGCCAGUCUCGAGGACACUGAUAACAUCUUCGCCGGGUCGGAGCAAUCCUUGGGCAAAAAUCGGUAUGACCGCCCCCGGACCAUGGAAUCCCUCAGAAAGCGAUUGACCGGUCGCCAUGACAGCGGUCCGACCUACGAAAGCUCAACUUCAACUCGCCUCAGUUCCUCCUCUACCCUCCCAUCAUCGACCGAAGUUCCGCCGCCCGAUGAAGCUUCGUCCCCACAUUCGAGAAUCCACGAUAUCCCCGCUCCGCCUCCACUGGCAGGGGCCCUGCGAGCCGCCGGCAGGACAUUCUCAUUCGGUGGACGCUUCAAUAAGAACUCGACGCCCCCUGCUCCCCCUCGACAUGCCACGCCGGACGUACAGAAGGCGCGUGCCUACAGCGGUAGUACUGACGACACGGCAACUCCGCCCAGGUUACCUGAUUCGCAAUUGAACUUCGAUCUCGCGUCCGGGGAAGAUGACUUCGGAAAGAUGUUUGACCACUUGGGGAAGCGGCAAAGCGCCUUCCUGCGGGAUUCUUCUCCGCAGCGGACAAAACAGUACUCUUCGUCUCCACCAACGCAAGCCCUGGCAGAGUUCCAAGCAACUGACAAUAGGGCUGGACGACCCGCUCCCAUUAAUACAGACCGAUCGGUGGCUGUUGAUCCCUCGCCUUAUUCCUGGGGUAGCAGAGACUCUGGCGAUAACUUGCUGAAUAGCCCCGACGCCAAUAGGGUCACCUCGCCAGCUCGUUCGAUCCCCGAAACUGUCACCAAUUACAGCAAACCGUCACCGCCCCCAGCCCAAAUGCUCGGCGCGACAACGUCACACCGCGCUUUAGAGAAACCCGGCCGUCGGCCAUCGGAUGGUCUGCGCAGGAGUGGAAUCUACUCGGUAGACCAGGACUCGCACGCCGUGGACGAUGAAGACGCCAAGAUGGUCCGACAGUCGGUGCUGUGGACUAAGGGUUCUUCGCCUCGGUGGGAAGAGGCUGCUUCCCCGUCGGGUGAAACACCCCUCCUCGGUAAGGGCAAGGCCACCAGUCCUUCGCAUCUGAGCCCCACUGUGGACGAGGGUUUGUUCGCGCCACAACGGUCCCCCGCCCCAAGUGAUAAAGAUCUGGACGAUGCCCGACUGGCCGUUCAAUUCGCCGAAAGCCUAUCCCAAUCGGCGUCCCCGGCCAACGGUAACAAGGUAAUGACUCCGUCGCAAUUUGAACAUUACCGUCAGCAACAAGAGCUCCGACGAUCCAACAGCGAUGCCACCAAAAGCGAGGAAGAAUCCGAGCAUGAAGAGUUUGAGGACGAGGAAGAUGAAAUUGAGAAGCAGCGGGCUGCGGAACGGCAGCGCCGGAAGCAAGAGGCCCACCUCUCACUCUAUCGGCAGCAGAUGCAGAAGGUGACGGGUCAGCAAGCUCCGUCCCCGAUGCUCCGGCCCGAAAUGGCUGGAGCCAGCAGCAGCACCCCCAACCUCCCCAAUCGCUUAUCCAACCCGCUCGACAAGUCUUCCAGUGGAAAGAGCAGCAACGAGGAGGAUGACGAGGAGAUUCCGCUGGGUAUUCUCGCAGCUCAUGGCUUCCCAAAUCGCAACCGUCCCCCGACUCGCUUGACCAACGUCAGCUCCCAUCCGAACCUUCGUGCGUCAAUGCAUCCGUACUCUUCAUCCUCCACCUCCCUCGUUGCACCCGAGGCUGGCAACAGGGGCAGUCUCCCGGUCUUUGCCAGGCAUUUGCCUCAGGAUCCUUACUUUGGUGCUCGUAUCGUCAAUCCAUCCAAUCGGGAAUCCCUGGCUUUGGGCGGUGGUUCUGGCUCCGUGUAUGGUGGUGGUGCUUCUUCUCCCGGUCCCCCUCCUGGUGGUCUCGUUGGUGUCAUUGCCAAUGAAGAGCGGAACAGGGCAGCUCGCCGUGCAGGAGGCGGAAGCCCCAAUCCUAUGGCAAUGUACGAGCAGAUGCAAAUGGGUCCCGGUGGCGUGCCUCGACCUUACUCGAUGAUGGGUCCACAGCCAUUGACUCCCAGCGAGCAGGCUCAGGUGAACCUGUCCAACCAGAUGCAGAAUAUGAUGCAGAUGCAGAUGCAGUGGAUGGGACAGAUGAUGCAAAUGCAGGGUAUGCCGCCGGGUAUGCCUGGCGCUCCACCAAUGAUGGCGGGUGGUGUACCACCGCAAAUGAUGGGCGGUAUGCCCAUGCAGGGCGGCCCCAUGGGUCCUCCUUCGGUUAUGGGGGUGAAUCCUAAUCUAAGGCCGAUGUCUAUGCAGGGACCGCCCGGUGCGAUGGCCCCGAACUUCGAACAGCAGCGUACCCUCAGCAUGCUCGAUCCCAACAUCGCUGCGCGACGAGGCUCGCCGAUGCCCCAUUUGCCCGGUGGUCCACCCUUCCGACCUAAUACUGGAGGCUAUGCCGCUUCCAUCGCACCCUCUGAACGCAGCAAUGCUGGUCUGGCAUCCCGAUACCGACCUGUGUCGGUGAUGGCAGGCGAGCCCGGCCCAGGUGUCACGCCGGUGAACAAGGUCUGGAAUGAUGAAAACCAACACCACUCUUCCUUGUCCGUCUCCCAGCCCCAUAUGGGCCUGCCCAAGUCCUCCUCGCUUGCAACCGUGACCGUACGACCUGUCUCACGAACCAGCCAGUCCCCGGCGGGACGCAAGCCACCUGCAGCUGACGAGGAAGAUGACGAUGAGGGCUGGGCUGAUAUGAUGAAGAAACGAGACAAGAAGAAGAGCAGCUGGAAGUUGAAGCGAGGCACGUCUUCGUUCGGUGAUAUCCUGAGUGCGGUGCACUAAUUUCUGCGGCUCUUUCUUGCAUUUCCAGUCUGAACAUUGUGUGCAUUCAUAUUAUGCAAUCCCGGCGUCGCUGUAUAGAAAGUACUUUUUUUUUUAAUUCUUUCGCACUUCACCUCGGCUCCUUUCAUGACCUGAUUCCGACGCACAUACAUACCUCCACGAUCGAGACUGACCAAGUCCGCCUGAUUUCAGCAUCAGCCUUCUUUCCCUUGGACAUCUCCUAUUAAAAGAGCAAAUCCUCGGUGCUGCUAGAUCAAGCCUUGUUCUCCAGCCAGCCUUUUUUGUUCGGACUUAAUUUGUUUCAGUCAUCUCAUGCUUGGGGCGUCGCGGCAAUAAUAGUAUGAGGACACAUGCCAUCGUGGUCGUUUCUAUCACCUUUACGCUUCUUUUCUAUUUGGCAUUGGCGCAGGCAGGCAUGGCGUCCCUUUCUCGUUCUACCCUUCUUCUCCCCUGGUUAUUUCGUUGUGGUCGUUUUCAUUGUCGGCAUUUCUGCAUCUUUUUUCGUCGUGUUUCCGUCUUCUCUUUUCUCUACCUCUCUUCGGGCUGAUUUUGGGAGAUCAUUACAUAUAAUAUACAUCGCGGUCCGAGGACAUGUACUCACUCCGCUGUCAUGAAUCAUUCCUCUCUAUCUGUGUAAUCUCCGUAUAAUUUCCUUCAGCCCUCUGGUCCUCCUUUGCAGAACCCUCAACUAAAC